AUGCUGGGUUUGGGUAGACCUCGACUCAAAGCACGCCCCUCCUUGCUGGACCUGAUUGCCAGUCGCGGCGUGGUUGAUCUGUCCGAAUCCAAGCCGUCAUCACCGCCCGCACCAGACGAACUGCCACCGCUUCCCGUUUCGCCCACUUCAACGACCUCUAGCUCCAGUAGCAGCAAUAGCAACAUCGAGCUCCCCUCAUCCCCGUCCUCUUCAUCCAUACACACACCAGUUGUACGAAUAAUGGCUCCUUCUGGUAAGGACAAGACUGGUGAGGACCAGCAUGGCAUUAUUUUCUCCAUAUCUGGCCCCGUCGUGGUGGCCGAGCACAUGAUCGGCUGUGCCAUGUAUGAGCUGUGCAGAGUCGGACACGAUCAGUUGGUUGGUGAGGUCAUUCGACUCGAUGGAGAUAAGGCUACCAUUCAGGUAUACGAGGAGACAGCUGGUUUAACGGUUGGUGAUCCUGUUAUGCGUACGGGCAAGCCUCUCUCGGUCGAGCUUGGUCCCGGUCUGUUGGAAACAAUCUAUGAUGGUAUUCAGCGACCCCUGAAGGAGAUCGCUGCUCAUUCGAAGGGCAUCUACAUUCCCCGUGGUAUUGCAGUGAAUGCUUUGGAUCGCAAAAAGAAGUGGGACUUUAAACCCGGCAAGUUCAAGGUCGGCGACCACAUCACCGGUGGUGACAUUUGGGGUACCGUCUUUGAAAACAGCUUGUUCAACGACCACAAGAUCCUCCUUCCUCCUCGCGCUAGAGGUACCAUCACCCGGAUAGCUCCUGCUGGCCAAUAUACCGUUGAAGAGAAGCUCCUGGAGAUCGAAUUCAACGGACAGAAGUCGGAACAUGGUAUGAUGCACUCUUGGCCUGUUCGUGUGCCCAGACCGGUCAAUGAGAAGCUGCCGUCCGAUGCGCCCUUCAUCGUCGGCCAGAGAGUGCUGGACUCUUUGUUCCCCAGUGUACAAGGAGGUACUGUUUGUAUCCCGGGAGCUUUCGGUUGCGGAAAGACUGUCAUUUCUCAGAGUGUCUCCAAAUUUUCCAACAGUGAUAUCAUCGUUUACGUCGGUUGUGGUGAGCGGGGUAACGAGAUGGCGGAAGUUCUGAUGGAUUUCCCAGAGCUGUCCAUCGAUGUCGAAGGUCGCAAAGAGCCCAUCAUGAAGCGUACAUGCCUGAUCGCCAACACAUCGAACAUGCCUGUCGCCGCCCGUGAAGCUUCCAUCUACACCGGUAUCACGAUUGCCGAAUACUUCCGUGACCAGGGAAAGAACGUGGCUAUGAUGGCGGACUCUUCCUCUCGCUGGGCCGAGGCUUUGCGUGAACUUUCUGGUCGUCUGGGAGAGAUGCCUGCGGACCAGGGUUUCCCCGCCUACCUAGGUGCCAAGCUCGCCUCCUUCUAUGAACGUGCUGGCAAGAGUAUCGCUCUAGGAAGCCCCGAGAGAAAUGGCAGUGUCAGUAUCGUCGGUGCCGUCAGCCCUCCCGGUGGUGAUUUCUCCGACCCCGUCACCAGUAGCACGCUGGGUAUCGUGCAGGUAUUCUGGGGUCUCGACAAGAAACUUGCUCAGCGGAAACACUUCCCCUCGAUCAAUACAUCGAUUUCAUACAGCAAGUACACGGCCAUUCUGGACAAGUUCUACGAAAAGCAUCAUCCCGAAUUCCCACGUCUACGAGACCAGAUCCGUGAACUGUUGUCCAAGUCCGAGGAUCUAGACCAGGUUGUACAGUUGGUCGGUAAGGCGGCCCUCGGUGACUCGGACAAGAUCACCCUGGACGUCGCAGCCAUGGUAAAGGAUGACUUCCUGCAGCAGAACGGUUACAGUGACUAUGAUCAGUUCUGUCCUCUGUGGAAGACCGAGUAUAUGAUGAAGGCUUUCAUGGGCUUCCAUGAUGAAGCCCAGAAGGCCAUUGCUCAGGGGCAGAGCUGGAGCAAGGUCCGUGACGCCACAGCUGACAUUCAGACCUCUUUGCGUAGCAUGAAGUUUGAAAUUCCAGAGAACCAGGCAGCGGUUACAGAGAAGUAUGAGAAGAUCCUUCAGACCAUGCUGGAGAGAUUCGCUUCGGUGUCGGACGAGUAA